AAGUUCUUCUCUAUAUUCGGAAAUGGCAUGGUUUCUUCUCCCUUAGUUUUUCCUCUGUGCCCGCCUAGAGAGGAUAUGCUGUGAGCAAUUUCCCUUCAAACACCGUAAUUAUGAACCUUAAGCUAAUGGAGAGAAGAACCACAAAUCCCAAGGUUGAACAUGGCAAGUACCACAGAAGAGACUCCUACACUUGAAACAUCUUGUUCGGAUUCUGAUGUUGGUAAAGAACUGUCAUGCUUACCUGAAAAGCUAAGAGAGAGGCUGCUUCCUUUUCAGAAGAAAGGAGUUGUGUUUGCAUUGCAGAGAGAUGGCAGGUGUAUGAUUGCAGAUGAGAUGGGCUUGGGGAAGACUAUUCAAGCAAUAGCUGCAUCUUACUACUACAAAAAUGAAUGGCCCCUAUUAAUAGUGGUGCCCUCCUCUCUGAGGUACCCUUGGGUUGAUGAGCUGGAGAAAUGGAUCCCAGCCCUUUGUCCAGAGGAUAUUAUCAUCAUCCAGAACAAAACAGACAUCUGGAGAAUACCCACAAGCAAAGUGACUGUGCUAGGUUAUGGCUUGCUAACUUCAGAUGCACAGACGUUAAUAGAUGCUCUAUACAAGCAGAACUUCAAAGUAGUGGUAGUUGAUGAAUCCCACUACAUGAAAUCCAGAAAUGCAGCUCGUAGCAAGAUUCUGUUGCCUAUUGUACAGAAAGCUUUUCGGGCCAUCCUGCUUACUGGAACUCCUGCUUUAGGAAGACCUGAAGAGCUUUUCAUGCAGCUCGAAGCACUUUACCCAGGGAAGUUUGGGACAUGGACUGAAUAUGCAAACAAGUACUGUGAUGCACGUGUCAGGUUUUUUGGCAAAAGACGACAGUGGGACUGCAGAGGAGCUUCCAAUUUAGAUGAACUGCACCAGUUACUAAGUAAUGUAAUGAUCAGGCGUCUAAAGAAUCAAGUUCUAACUCAACUGCCACCUAAAAUCAGGCAGCGCAUUGCUUUCGACCUUCCCAAAGCUGCAGCUAUGGAAUUAAAUGCUAGUUUUGAAGAGUGGGAGAAAUUAAUGAGGGCUUCAAAUUUAGAUUCUACAGAAAAUGACUUUGUGCAGGUGAUGGGUCUAAUUACACGCAUGUUUAAACAGACUGCCAUUGCCAAGGCAGGCGCUGUAAAGGAUUAUAUCAAGAUGCUGCUUGAAAAUGACCAAUUGAAAUUUCUCAUCUUUGCACAUCACUUAACCAUGCUUCAGGCAUGCACAGAGGCAGUAAUAGAAAGUAAGGCUUGCUAUAUUCGAAUAGAUGGAAGUGUACCUUCUGCAGAAAGAAUAAACCUUGUAAAUCAGUUUCAGAAGGACCCAGAUACUAGAGUGGCCGUUCUGAGCAUUCAGGCUGCUGGUCAGGGCUUAACCUUUACUGCUGCCACUCAUGUUGUUUUUGCCGAGCUAUACUGGGACCCGGGACAUAUAAAACAAGCAGAGGACAGAGCACAUCGGAUUGGACAGUGCAGUUCUGUGAACAUCCAUUACCUUAUCGCAAAUGGAACUCUGGAUCCUCUCAUGUGGGCAAUGUUGAACCGCAAGGCCACAGUUACGGGUGCCACACUAAAUGGCAAGAAAGAGAAAAUGCAUGCAAAAGAAGGAGACAGAGAACAAUGGAGUUUUCUGAAUUUUGCUGAAGCCUGGACCCCUAAUGAAAGUCUGGAUGAGCUAAAGAAUGAGGUUUUAUUCACACAUUUUGAAAAGGAAAAGCAGCAUGAUAUUCGUGCCUUUUUUUCACCAAAACCAAAUACUGAGAAAAAGCGAAAAAUGGUUUCUUGUGAUAAACCUUCAAGCUUCACGUCAGAUUCUUCUCAAGUUUCUGAGGGAAAAGAUAUGGAGAAUGGUGGAUAUUUGGACUUUGGAGAACAAAAUGAUAUGGAUGUACUUUGCAGUGAAGCAAAGAGACCAAGAGCUCUAGAAACAUCUACUCCAAAGAGGAGUUCUUCUAACAAAGGGAGAAAAGCUUUGUUUGGGAAAACAAACCAUUCAUGUACAGAAGAAAGUACCCAGGGGGACUUUGGCACUCUGUUAUCUCACUCAAGCAAAGAUACUUCUUCUGAAGCAGUCUGGCAUUGCAGUCUUUGCACUUACAGUAAUAAUCCAUUGCUGCCUUAUUGUGAAAUAUGUGACUCUCCUAGGGGAAGAAACAUUAAACAGGAAAAAAGUCAAAUGAGCGACUCUAUUGCUACCCAAAGUGAUAAAGAAAAUGUGGCUCAAGCUACUAUAAAUCUUAAUGAUGCAGACCCAACCAAAAAAGUUGGGCAGAGGAGAAGCUUUGGACAACAGCUAACUGGAAUGUCUGGCGAAAACAAGGAAGAAACCACCAUUGUCUCUAAUAAGCAUCCUGACUGUUGCAAGCAAGAGCUUGGAGAAAAGCAUUUAGAGGCUUCAGAAUCCUUUCCAGUGUAUAGAGGCCUGGUGUUCUGUGCAAGUAGGAACACAGACCGAAUUCAUGUCUAUACCAAGGAUGGCGAGCCCCUGAAUUGUAACUUCAUUCCACUGGAUAUAAAAUUAGAUAACUGGGAAGAUUUACCAGAGUGCCUUCAACAAAAACAGAAUCGUUCAUUGAUACUUAGGUUUAUAAGAGAAUGGGAUAGUCUGACAGCCAUGAAGCAGAGAAUUAUCAGGAAAAGUGGCCAGAGAUUUUCUAGUCCCAUUCUUGCUGCUGAAGAGAUGUUGUCUAAACAACAAGCCAAACUCUGCAGUACCAAGCGGUAUGUGACAAAAGAAGACGUUGCCAAAGCUUCACUAAGGAAAGUUGACAACAGUGGAGGAAGUGUUCGUAUGGUCACAAAAAAUCCUACAGUUGUCUUAACCCAAGCUGCCUCUGCUGGAGAACAGGUCGAGCCUUCUAUAAAGUUGGCUUCAGAAGAUGGAGAUUACCCAAUCUUUGAUUCAAACACCAGUCAGAUAGACGCUACUGAGGCGGCUUCUUUGGGCAAAGGCUACUUGCAGGCUGUAGAUAAUGAAGGGAAUCCACUUUGCCUCCAAUGCCAAAAACCAAUUGUCCAGCUCGACCAAAUGUCCACCUCUACAGCCUGGGACACACGGUUUUGUUCUCAUAAAUGUCAGGAUGAUUUUCUAAUCCGUUCUAGCCAAAGUUACUUGAGAACCAAAGUAUUUGAAAUAGAACAUGGGGUUUGUCAGAUGUGUAGUCUCAAUGCUCAGGAACUCUAUCUCUGUGUCAGAGAUGCCCCAAAGAAUCAGCGUAAAAGUCUUCUGGAGAGUUCUUGGAUGUCCAAGCUGCCUUUAAUGCAGUUAAAUGAAAUUAUACUGAACCCAACUGAAGGUCACUUCUGGCAAGUGGAUCAUAUCAAGCCAGUUUACAGUGGAGGAGGACAGUGUUCUCUAGAAAACCUUCAAACACUCUGUACAGUUUGUCACAAGGAGAGAACAGCAAAGCAAGCUAAGGAAAGAAGUCAACUGAAGAGACAAGGCAUAGCUUCAAAAUAUGGCUCUGACAUUACUAAAUUUUUUGUGAAGUUAUGAAAUUGCCAAGCUGGACUGUUACGCCAAUGGUUAUGUACAUAUUUUGAACAGAUUGAUAAAUCAUGCAUUAAGGCUGUUAAUGAUGUAGAAAGACUCCCAUGGUCAGGUCUUUCUGAUAUCCAAGUAAAACCCUUACAGCUUUUACUUGGAUAUAGAAAUAUCAUGUAACAAUACUAGGACAGAAUAGGCAUUUUGGAUUGAACUGCCAAGUUAUGAUGGAGUGAAGCAAAGACAAAACACUUGGCUGUUACCUUAAACUGACAUUCUGUGGACAUCUCUGCUUGAACCAUAUUGUUGGCUGAUACAGCUUUCUUAACAUUCAUCUGUAGGAGGGGGGCCUUUUCAUACAACAGGUAUAGAAUUGUGAGACUGAAAAACAGUCAAAAAGUAAAGAUGAAGUACAAGCUUUCAUCUUUAUUUGCAGCAGUUAGUACUUAAGCCAGAGUAACACCAGCACACUGGCCCACAGCCAGCACAGGGCAACGCUGGCAAUGGGGCACCAGCCAUGCUGCUACCACCAGUGUUUCCUUGGGCUCUUUGUGGAUCAUUUAUUGACAAGUUUCACUUGUUCCGAUAACCAGCCCUGCUGUAGCGAAUGGAGUUCAGGUCCCAAACACCGUAGGAAGAGCAAGUAUCAGCAGCACAGCUGUUGCCUGGACUAAGCCAAUAGUCAGACAAGCACUUCCAGCAGGAUCCCAGUUGACUCUAGAAGCAAAUGGUUUGAUUCUACCGUAUGUUGUUUCUCCAUACUUGAUGUCAGAAUAAAGCUUGGUUUUACAUGUCA